CAUACGUAUAUACGUUGAACUCGAUCGGGUGCGACCUCGUCGCGCGUUUCCUCGUGGCCAAGAAGCCUAAGCUGGCUUGCUUGAGUGUGGCUUCUUGGCUAGUUCUCGCACGCACGUCCAGCUUUGACGUGGACGACUCUAUCACAUCUUUCCCCAAAGAGCAGCUCUCGCGCAGUCGUAUAUAUGCACAUGUACGCCGUGCUUGGGUGGAAUUUUCAGUUGGUUGAUUGAUUAGUACUUCUACAAAUUAAACAUCAUCUCGUGUACGUGAUCGAUGACGCUGACGAGAGAGGAAGCGCAGGAGAGCAAGGAGAUGAACGAUCAGCAGCAGAGCCUCCGGGUGCACGCCGACGCGCUGCUCUCGCUCUCGUCGUCGCCCGCCGACGCCGAUAAGCGGCAGACGACGACGCCGGCGGGGAGGCGGGCGCUGGCUGCGGAGGGCGUGUUCGAGUGCAAGACGUGCAGCAAGCGGUUCCCGUCGUUCCAGGCGCUGGGCGGGCACCGGACGAGCCACACGCGACUGCAGGCGCGGAUGCUGCUGCAGCAGGAGCAGGAGCAGGAUCAGCACGAGAGGGACGCCGCCAGGGCGCGGGUGCACGAGUGCGCCGUCUGCGGCCUCGAGUUCUCCAUGGGCCAGGCGCUCGGCGGCCACAUGCGCCGCCACAGGGGCGAGCCGGCCGUGCAGGCUACUGCCGCGCCGGCCUGCGGCGAGACGCAGCCGGAGGUCAUCAUGCCGGACCUCAACUACCCGCCGAUGAUGGAGGACUGUGGCGGCGACGGGCAAGAUUCCCCGGCGGGCGAUCGACGCUCGGAGCAUCCGCUUCUUGAUUUGCUUGUAUAGCCUGGAAAGAUCGUACCUGUACAUAUCCAAUUAGUAGGGUUCGGUGCAUACAUGCAUGAUGAUUAUUUUGAUAUACAUGAAUGGUGUUUGAUUAGUUUAUUUAUUGAUUGAUUGCUGAAUACUUA